UCCUCAGACACGCAGGACAUCCCCAAGGAGGGAAGGUCACAAGACUGAGUAGAUAUGAAAUUCCCCCUGCUGCUGCCCCUUCUCCUGCUGUGGACAGUUUCGGGUCUUCAGCUGGAGAAUGAUGCCCCCCAUUUGGACAUCCGAGAGACACAGGCAGACCUGAUCCAUGAUCUGGAAGGCUCAGGGGAGCAGGAGGAAGAGUUGGCCCUGGCCGAGGAGGUGAUUCCAUCAGACAGAGAGGAGGCUGAGGCUUCUGGCUAUCAUGACACCUUUGAGGAUGAGGAGGCCACAGAGUUGGACCCAGCUGCCCUAGAUGAAGACUUGCAGUGCCCCAGGGAAGAGGAAACAGUUCAAGUGCCAGCCCAUGCUGGGUGUAAGACCUGCUGCUACCUGUUGGUGCAGACCCCCAAGACAUUUACAGAAGCUCAGAAUGUCUGCAAGAAUUGCUACCGAGGCAACCUCGUUUCCAUCCACAGCUACAGCUUCAACUAUGGCCUCUGGUGGUCAGCCAGGAGGUUCAACCAAGCCAAGGUCUGGAUUGGAGCCAUCAUGAAAGGCUGGUUCCUGUGGAAGAGAUUUCGCUGGACAGAUGGGAGCAGAUGGAAUUUUGCAUACUGGGCUCCAGGGCAGCCUAGGAAUGGGAAAGGACACUGUGUCGCUCUAUGCAUCAAAGGGGGUCAAUGGCGACGAACUGCCUGCAAAAAGCGUCUGCCCUUCAUCUGCUCCAUCUAAACCGGUGGCACGGAG